AUGGUUGAUGGUUAUAAACGCCAAAACAGUCUAACUGCUUUACAUGACGCUGUUUUGCAAAACUCAUUAAUAGAACUGAAAGAUUAUAUGGACGAUGGCAUUCCACUUAAUAUAAUGGAUCACGAGGGAAAAACACCACUGUACUAUGCAGCAGAAGAGGGAUAUUUCCCUCUUCUUCAGUUAUUAGUGCUCGGUGAUGCGGAUGUCAAUAUUACAGACAAGAAUGAUUCAUCACCUCUCUGGAUCGCUUCACAUCGUGGUCAUGAUGAAAUUGUUCUCUAUUUACUACAGCAUCAAGCUAAUCCUAAUCAACAAUCCAGCGAUCAAACAACACCUCUCUAUUGGGCUUCAUACAACGGGCAUCCGAAAUGUGUUUUUCAUUUAACAGCCUUCCAUGCUGAUCCAAACAUGUGCAAGAACAGUGGUGCUAGCCCUAUAUUUGUGGCUUCCCGCAAUGGUCAUCAUCGUAUCGUUAAACGAUUAUUGAAAUAUAAAGCUGACGCAAAUAAAAGUCAACAAGAUUUGCGUACUCCAUUGCACACCGCACUGUUGUAUCAUCGAAAACGAUGUGUAAAGCUGCUAUUAAAAUGGAAUGUUGACGUUAAUUUAACGGAUAUGUACGGAUGGACAGUAUUACAUUUCGCUGCUAAUUGUGGUAAAUUAAAGGCAACAAAAAUAAUUAUUAAUGAAUUAAAAUUACGAGAUAUAUUUAAUCCACAUUUGACCGAUAAUUUGGGCAAUACAAGUCUUCAUUUAGCAAUAUCACACAAUCAUUACACUUUAGCACGUUAUUUUAUAUCACAAAAAUUUGAUAUUAAUCAACCAAAUUGUCAUGGAUGGACUCCUUUGAGAGUUGGCUGCUUAGAACGUCCACGUGAAUGUAAUACUAGAAAAAGAGAGUUUAAUAGGGUAAUUUCCUAA